AUGCCUCAGCACCAGCAGCCGGCGACCGGCUCCCACGCCCUGGACUCCGCGCCACUUUUCGCCAUCAUCCUCGCCGCCGUGCACGUCCUAGCCCUCGUGUUCUGGAUCUACAAGCUGGCCUCCCAGAAGCAGCCGACCCGGACCAAGACGCACUGA